UCCCGCAGCAACAGGGAAGAUGGCAGCGCUCACAUCUCUCACUCAGUUAUCAAGUGGGAACCCUGUGUAUGAGAACUAUUACAGACAGGUGGACCCAGGGAACACGGGGAGAGUGGGCCCCACUGAAGCAGCUCUGUUUCUGAAGAAGUCGGGGCUCCCUGACAUCACCCUGGGGAAGAUCUGGGAUUUGGCAGAUCCAGAUGGAAAGGGCUUCCUGGAUAAGCAGGGUUUCUACGUGGCUCUGAGGCUGGUGGCUUGUGCCCAGAACGGUCAAGAUGUCAGUCUGUCCAGUCUGAACCUCACUGUACCGCCUCCCAAAUUUAAGGACACUAGUAGCCCGUCACUUAGUACAGCAUCAUCAACAAGUGACUCCCAUUGGGCUGUGAGGCCGGAAGAAAAGGGGAAAUUUGACGGGAUUUUUGAAAGUCUGGCUCCGGUGAACGGGCUCCUCUCUGGUGAGAAAGUGAAACCGGUACUAAUAAACUCCAAACUACCUCUGGAUGUGUUAGGAAGGGUUUGGGACCUCAGUGACAUAGAUAAAGAUGGACACUUGGACAGAGAUGAAUUUGCAGUGGCCAUGCACCUGGUGUACCGUGCCCUGGAAAAGGAGCCGGUGCCCUCUGUCCUGCCCUCUUCCCUCGUCCCGCCCUCCAAGAGGAGGAAGUCUGUGGGCGUCCUCCCCGGGACGGUGCCUGUGCUCCCAGCCAGCCCGCCGCCUCCCAAGGACAGCCUGCGCUCCACCCCGUCCCACGGCAGCAUGAAUUCCCUGAACAGCGCCGGCAGCUUGUCCCCAAAACACACUCUCAAGUCCUCACAGCAUUCUGUGAACUGGGUGGUCCCAGUGGCAGACAGAGGGCGCUAUGAUGACAUCUUUCUGAAAACGGAUGCUGACCUGGAUGGGUUCGUCAGUGGCCAGGAAGUGAAGGAGAUCUUUAUGCAGUCUGGACUUCCUCAGAACUUGCUGGCACAUAUAUGGGCCCUUGCUGAUACCAGGCAGAUGGGUAAGCUAACCAGGGAGCAGUUCUCUCUAGCCAUGCACUUCAUCCAGCAGAAGGUCAGCAAAGGACUAGACCCCCCUCAAGUACUGACCCCUGACAUGAUCCCGCCAUCAGAGAGGGGCACCCCUGUGCCUAGCCUUUCAGGGUAUAUGACUCCAGUAGGAUCUGAAAUGGCUGCACUAACUGAAAUGCGCCGUGAUAGCACCAGCUCAGUGGGGUCAGGGGAGUUCACUGGAAUCAAAGAACUGGACGACAUCAGCCAGGAGAUUGCACAGCUACAGAGGGAGAAAUAUACGCUGGAGCAAGACAUCAGGGACAAAGAGGAGGCGAUCAGAUACAAGUCCAGUGAGGUUCAGGAGAUGCAGAACGACCUGGACAGGGAGACCUGCAGCCUGCAGGAGCUGGAGGCCCAAAAGCAGGAUGCCCAGGACCGGCUGGAGGAGAUGGAUCAGCAGAAGGCCAAGCUGGAGGACAUGCUGAAUGAUGUCAGACAGAAGUGUCAGGAGGAGUCCCAAAUGAUCUCCUCACUGCAGAGCCAGAUCCAGUCUCAAGAAACGGACCUGCAGAGCCAGGAGGAGGAGCUGAGCCGGGCCAAGGCGGACCUGAACCGGCUGCAGCAGGAGGAGACCCAGCUGGAGCAGAGCAUCCAAGCUGGGAAGGUCCAACUGGAAACCAUCAUCAAGUCUCUCAAGUCCACCCAGGAUGAGAUCAACCAGGCUCGCAGCAAGCUGUCCCAGAUCCAAGACAGUCAGCAGGAGAUGACCAAGAGCAUCGAGCAGUACAACAGCACUCUGAACGGCACCCACGGGGGCAGCAUGACCAACCUGGCUGACAUGAGCGAGGGCUUCUCAGAGAAGGAGAAUGGAGGCUUUGGCUCGAUGGAGGACCCUUUCAAGACAAAGACAUCAGUGUUUAACAGCACUCCUCAGGACCUACAUACGGACCCCUUCCACUCAGAGGACCCCUUCAAAACGGACCCCUUCAAAGGGGACCCUUUCCAGAACGACCCCUUCGCAAAGCAGCCACCUGCCGCCACAGAUCCUUUUGGGGGGGACCCUUUCAAAGAAAAUGACCCGUUCAAGACUUCAUCCACCGAGGACUUCUUCAAAAAGACGGCCAAAGCCGAUCCAUUCACCUCCACUGACCCCUUCAGUAAAAGUGCUACACUCCCUGCCAAGACCAGCCACUUUAGCGACAGUGACCCCUUUACUUCCACCAGCCCAAAACCAAAAGGCCCAGAUCUCUUUGGAACACUGGAUCCUUUUGGAAGUGGUUCUUUUGGCAGCAACAGUGGAUUUGCAGAUUUCAGCCAAAUGUCAAAGGGCUUCCCUGAGGAUCCCUUCAGCAGAAAGCAGGACACACCGGCGCUGCCGCCCAAGAAGAACGUGCCGCCCAGACCCAAAGCUCCCAGCGGUAAAAGUACUCCAGUUAACCUGCCUGGGUCGGCGGAAAUGGCCAAGUCGAGCGAUCCUUUCCAGCCCUUUGGCUCUGACGCCAGCGAUCCAUUUCAAAGUAAAAAGGGGUUCGGAGACCCGUUUAGCGGCAAAGAUCCUUUUGCUCCUUCCUCCUCAAGUAAAGCCUCUAAAGACUCUUCCUUGGGUUUUGCAGACUUCAGCUCUUUUGGAAAUGAGGCGCAGCAGCUAGAGUGGGCCAAGCGGGAGAGCGAGCGGGCGGAGCGGGACCGGCUGAAGCGGCUCCGCCAGCAGGAGCAGGAGGACCUGGAGCUGGCCAUCGCCCUCAGCAAGGCCGAGAUGUCCAACGCGUGACCGCGCUCAGCGCGCCGCUCCCCAAACCACCACCACCACCACCACACUCCACCAUGAGGGGCAACGUAGUGAAUAAACUCUGGGGCGGGGCUGUCCAUAUGUAUCCAUUUUCAAGAGAAAUAGCACUAGUCUGUGCCCUUAAUUUUAUUUGAUGUAUAGGAGGGAGGGGAAACUCUGUGGUUUAUGAAAGUUAUGCACUGUAUAUGCACUGUAUAAACUGUACUAUAGUGGCAGACUGAUGUUUUUAUUUAAAGAACAAAAACUGAAUUUGUGUGUGAGAAUCAACUAGAGGAAACUUCUAGAGGUAGAAGUUGAGGUAGCGAAUGCUUUUGUGUCAUGCUGCGGUGCAAAAUGAAGCAUGAUGGUUAAUUGUCUACUGGUUUGUGUGUUCAGAGCCAUGGUUACAUUGAAGAACAGAAAAAAAAACAUUUAUUCAGCAGGGUUCAGGAAAGUGGUGCAUGAAAGGGCAGUCAGUCUGAACCAGGCUUGGUACUUUGGUAUGUUGUUUAAGGAGCAAAAAGACAUGGAUGUGGGCAAACAAAUAGAAUGGGAAUGUUGGAGCAUUUUGUUACAUUUUAAAGCAAAACACUGACUCUUUUAUUUUAUAGCUUGGAGAAUCAGAUAUUCUCUUUGAGACGUCGUAGCAUUUUUUGUGUUGUCUUUUUUUUUUUUUAAUAAAAGGAAAACGUUUACAUUUUUUUUAUAUGUUUCCAAGUAGAGGCAGUGGUCCCAUUCUGGCAGGCAUAGAAGUGUACGACUAUGAGAUUCUACAAGCACAAGCUGCUCAUAGGCUCUUCAGUUCUGAAUGUUUUCCUCAGAUGUUAAUACCACGCACAGUAUCACUGUUACUAAUCACAAAGAAUAAUUGACAUUUCAGCAGAUAAAACUGCGCUGUGCUAUAGAUUUGUUUGCAAACUGUCUUUGAAAUUGUUUGCUGAUUAAAUGAUAGGCAAGGUGGUUUUGGUUCCAUAACCAUUUGCUCCUGGAGACUGAUUUUGCUGGCCAUCUUGAUCUGUGUGUGACUUGAAUUUAUAGCUGAUGGUACUGCUGAUGGAGUUGUGGUUUCCCUUUAGCUUUUGUAUUUCAGCUUUGGCUUUUUUGAGUUUGAUAGUUGGGAGAAACAGGGAAGAUGUCAUACUUUUAAACAGUGAAGAAAAAAAAAAUAGUUGUUUGCCCCAAUGUAUGUGUGUCUUAGUGUUCCAGUUAUACCCUUAAUAGAAGUGGCCAGGUACUAUCAACCCUAAAAAAUAUAAUUUAUUCUGGUGUCCCCAUGCAGGUUAAAUGCUGUACAAAAAAAAAAAAUCUUACAGCUUUCCUGAGCCAUGUGUAAUCUAGUGAAAUUUUAGAUUUUUAAAAAUAUUUUAACACCUGAUUUUGGGGAAUGUUUUUUUUUUUUUGAACAAGUGAAUAGCAUAGCAUUAUGGAUAUGCUGCUUGACAUAAUGGUAGCCCACAAUUUCUUACCGCUAUCUUUGGUUACCUAUCUGGGUUUUUGGUUGCUGUCACCACUGAAAGCAGUAAAAAUGACACGUGCAGGUACUUUCUUCCUCUUGACUUGUGUACAUAUUUGAGUUCGUCUGUGGUCUGCUCCUCUCCUGUGGCCUGUUGUGUUUCUGCUUGUGGUGUUUUAAUCACAAGGAGAUACUUACCUGAUGCCAAUACACCCGCUCCCAUGUUGUCACUACUGGUGACUGCCUUCUGCCUCUGCCCUAGUCUCAAUCCACAUAAAAACCCUAAGGCCCCUAAGUUGUGGAACUCUGUGCGCCUGGUUUACUCACCCUGCAUUCUCCCUCACGCAGACACAAAACCCUUAAAAACAGUUUGGGUUUCAGUUGUUGCAACACCCCUCUGCACCCUCUUCAAACUGUUACGAGUUUCCUGUAGAUAUGACUGUGACUCCUCUCUUAUUUUGCUACUUCCAUUGUGCAAUAGUCCUCACUUAACAGUGUUUGUGUUGAAGGAGACCUGCAGCAUUUUACAACCUAAUUUAAUUUUUAGAGUUUCAAUUUAACCUCCGUUUUUUAUUUAGUUUGAUUGUGUACAUUGGCUGAUGCUUCUCGCUGCCAAACAAAUUAUAUUGAACCUUUUUGCUUUCUUCUGAGCUUUCUUUCAGGGUCUUGACAGCAGAUCUGAAGCUUAAUGCAUUCCUUUCCUUUCUGACCUGCCUUAGACCUCCUCUGUAGAUGAGAAUAAACAGCAAAUAAGUGUGUCAUACUGCGAUGCAUAAGGUGUAUACAAAUUGUGUAUAUUUUACGUGUUAUAUUUGUCCUUUGAAAAGUGGGGAAAAACAAAUGUGUAACUUUUCAGAAAAUUAUAAUAAUAAAAA